AUGACUUUGCCCCUCAAUCCCGAACAUUUCCUCAAUGAAUUAACAGAAAAACCAUUAAUGGGGAAAUUUAAGUUGGGAAUGGAGUUCCAGGGCUACCCAGAGUCUGCAGAUGGCUGCAUGAACGUGCAGCUUGCAAAUACAAAAGGGUACAGAGACGGAGUAUUGUCUGGACAUCUGAGUGUUGUUUUAAUAAGGUGUAGUAAUGUCCUUUAUACCAGAAAUAUUGAAGAAGAGGAAGAAGAUGGGGUAAUAAGAGAACAGCGAAGUCGGCCCCCCGCCCCCCCUCGCCUGCUGGCCCGGCCCGGCCGCUCCCGCCCCUCGCGCGGCCCCGCCCCCGGCGAGGCCCCGCCCCCGUCCCGGGAACGCGCGCCGCUCCCGCCGCGUACCCGCCACCAUCGAGAGGGCCCGGCGCGGGCGGCCCCGUGA